AUGCCCGCUAAAGUUGGUAUUAACGGCUUUGGCCGUAUCGGUCGGAUCGUGUUCCGCAACUCCUUCUCUCAUGCAGACACUGAAGUGGUCGCGGUGAACGACCCGUUCAUCGAGGUCCACUAUGCGGCAUACAUGCUCAAGUAUGAUUCUACCCACGGCCGCUUCGCCCAUGACGUCCAGGUCGACGGUGGCUCCCUUGUUGUCGACGGCAAGAAGGUCAAGUUCUACGCGGAGAAGGACCCGUCCAAUAUCCCUUGGAAGGACGCUGGCGCAGAGUACAUUGUCGAGUCAACGGGCGUGUUCACCACAGUGGAAAAGGCCAGUGCUCAUCUGAAAGGCGGCGCGAAGAAGGUCAUCAUCUCUGCCCCUUCGGCCGACGCACCCAUGUACGUCAUGGGAGUGAACGAAAAGACCUACGCCGGUGCCGAUGUGGUGUCGAACGCCUCCUGCACCACCAACUGCAUGGCGCCUCUGACCAAGGUCCUGCAUGAGAAGUUUGGCAUCGUCGAAGGCCUGAUGACCGCGGUCCAUGCGUAUACGGCUACGCAGAAGCUGGUUGAUGCCCCCUCCAAGAAGGACUGGCGCGGCGGCCGGGCUGCGGCGGAGAACCUCAUCCCGAGCAGCACCGGCGCGGCCAAGGCCGUGGGAAAGGUGAUCCCGGAGCUCCAGGGAAAGGUGACCGGGAUGUCGGUCCGGGUGCCCACUUCCAAUGUGUCCAUGAUCGACUUGACCUGUCGUCUGGAGAAAGGAGCGUCGUAUCAGGAGAUCAUCGCUGCGGUCAAGGAGGCUGCACAGGGACCGCUGAAGGGUAUUCUCGAUUACACCGAGGACGAUAUUGUCUCGAGUGACAUGAAAGGGAACCCCGCUUCAUCGAUUGUCGACAUCAAAGCCGGUAUCUCUCUGAACCCGAACUUCGUUAAGCUCGUGAGCUGGUACGACAACGAAUGGGGAUACAGCCGUCGGGUGCUAGACCUUAUUGCCUACAUUGCCGGUGUUGGGAAGUAG